AUGGUAAAAGAAUUGUUAGGACCCUGGAAUGCGUCCAUGUUUUUAACCAAAAGUGAUUUGUUCCCGGACCGCUUCAAGACAUUCAAAGGCGAGGUUUUGCACGUGGCAUCUGAUUAUGAUGAUUACCCUUUGGUCUUUGGAGAUGAAAGCGGCUUGGUAGAUGGGACUAACAUCCGAAUCCUGAAUGCCUUGGCAGUGACGCUCAACUUUUCAUUCACAACCACAAAUCGAUCACGAGAUAACAGCUGGGGCGAGUUAAUCAAUGGCACAUGGAUUGGUCUACUUGGAGAAGUCUUCAGCGGCGCCAAAAACAUGACUAUCAAUUACUUUACCGUGGUCGAAAAUCGAGCCAAAGAUUUUGAUUAUACCGCCCCUUACUUCUAUGAGGGCUUUGGGUUUGCGCUUGUCAUACCUCCCCCUCUGCCAAUGUGGAGGAGUCUCUUGUACCCAUUUACAAACUUGGUAUGGACCAGUGUCAUUGCUGCAAUAAUCAUGGUCACACCAACACUCUACCUGUUGGCUGGACUGGCAGAUCCUGACAACAAGAUUUCCCUCAUGAGAGCUUCUUUGACCAUCUUUGGGAGUUUGUUGGUGCAGAACGUCAAAGCCCCGUCAAACAAUGUCGUGCGCCUCAUACUGGCUUUCUGGUGGGUUGGUGGAUUGAUCUUGGUAGUAAGCUACACUUCCAACCUCAUCGCCGUCCUGACAGUUCCAGCUUUCCCGCCAAAAAUCACUACCAUCGAAGGACUUGCAGAGAGCAAUUUCAGGGUCGGCAUGAUAGAUUAUGGCGAAUUUGUCCCCGAGGCCUUGGCUACCACUCAGGACCAGUAUCUGAAAGUUCUUGGGAAAAGGUUGGAUCUGGUUCCUAACUAUGCAUCAUCUGACGUCAGCUACGAUCAAAUGCUGGAUCUACUCUUUGCGGGUACACACUCCAUCACGGAAACUUACUCCUAUCUCAGAAACCUACUGAAGCACAAUGCAAGAGCAAAAGGUAAAACGUACCUCCUUAGAGAACAGAUCUACCCAGGGGCACUCGCUUUUUUCGCAAAAAAGAACACACCAUGGAAGGGAAAAUUCGACGUGGGGAUCCAGAGACUGGUAGAAGCAGGACUGGUGAACAAAUGGUACAACGAUAUCAUGGACGACAACACGGGACAGCUCGUUGUCCAGCCAAGUUCGACCAAGGAGAGGCCUCUGAAUAUUGCUAACCUGCAAGGGGCUUUCCUGAUACUCGCUCUGGGAUUGGCAGUGACCUUCAUCAUUUUCCUAGCAGAGGUAGUGCUUCGCAAAAAGGCCGCCAAAAGAAGUUUUAACUCUGGCUAA